UUAUGUGUUGCAUCGGUCGACAAUUGUCAGGCGAUGAUGACUUUUCCAUUUUUUUCUGAACUUAACAUUUUUCACUGUGACUUUUUUUAUCAUGAAGAACGGAAAAACGUGACUUCCGCAUCCGCUAAGUUUAAGAUUUCCGCGGGUCUGCACCAAAAAUAUAGUUGUUUUAAUGGGAAGAUGUCAACCAACGAGAUAUUCUAUAUCUUUGUGACGGAUUUGCAGUUUCAGUGAACUUUUGCAUAAUUUGAUUGACAGUUUAACAUUUAGUUGAUGGUUGAUGGACACCAGCAUGUCACUGCUGUGCAUGGUUGAGCGAGCUAUCAAGUCAUGCAAAGCUGAACAAGCCAAGAUCAACGACAGUAUUCAACUCUACAGAGAACUAUUACAGACAUUAACGCCUAAACCAAAUACAAGCGCUGCUGAGACCCAGAUUGCAAAUGAUGCUGCUGCAGAUGCAGAUACCUCACCAGCGGAAAAAGAAGAUAUGGAAUUGCUUGAGCGAGCCCUGGAGAAAGCCCUUCGGGUACGCGCUGGCACAGGAUAUUCUAAAAAAGCCUCAAGCAAACAAUCACCACCUCGAAAGGAACCCGGCACUACGGCUGUCGCAAGCAAAGAGGGAAUGCAGACAUCUGCAGCCUCUAAAGGAAAUCAUUCCGCUUCCAGAUCAACCUCUAAAUCUGCCACCUCAAAAGAGCACAAAAAGCCUGCUGGGGUUGUGCAUCACCAGGCAACAAGGAAAUCACAGCAGGCUGCCAUAGCGUCUGUCACUGUGGAUCAGGGUCAGUUACACACCUCUACCCUCCACUGUAAAAACAAGACUAUAAGAAGCGACUUGUUGAGCGGACAUGACCUGGGCAAAGCUGCAGCUAUCUCCACUCUUUCAAAAAACACAGGGCCUCCUUCACAAACAGAGGAGCCUGGACGUCACAGUUUACUUCACCUGAAUGGGAAAACAUCUGAACAAACAGCAAAAUGGAAAUCUCUAAGGAGCAAACAAAACAGGUUAUGGGACAAAGUUGUUGCCCUACAAAGGAAACCUGUGCCUGGGAGGAGUCACUUCAUGGAGAGAAUGAGAGCUACGUUCCCCAGGGAUUGGCCGUGUGGCUGCCCAGAUCAGACCAGGCUUCGGAUCGACAGACUGACUCACCAAGGGCGUGGCCUCACCCAGCACUGCCAGACAGCGGAGCUUUUGACCAAUCGGAUGCAAGAAUCGACCACGGAGCUGGGUGGUAAGGCAAACAACUAUGAUUCCUGUCUGAGGUUCCCGAUGACAGCCGCACAGCUCCAGAACUUCGCAAACCAAGUGAAACAAGAGUGGGAAGCAUGGGAUCGAUGGAGGCCGGAGGGAGGUUGUCUUUGCCCCACUGGGGCUAAUGGUGUGUGGGGAGAUGGGAUGAUUGCACCCCUGCCCCCGACUAUAACCUACACCAAAGAGGCAGAACUCAGAGAGCUGGAGACGCUGAGGAUGAGGGUGUCGCUGCUGCAACAGGAGAUUAACCUGGAGCAGGCCAUAUUGGACACUCUGUCCCCUCAGCUUUCCUCUAUAGUACCUGGGCCUGGAUGUCCCAACCUCAGUGUGCUGAGGGACUUGUACUCCCUGCUGGGUGAAGGAGGGGAGCGUUUCCCUGCCUUAGUCCUGGACUCUGAGCCUGACUGACUACAGAGGAUUUUACACUGAGCUAAACUCUGUCUUCCUCCUCUUAACACACAUAAGAGAAAUAAAAUAUUACCUCUCAGUAUAAAACAAUCCAGUGUAACACCAGUUGAAUCGUUCCCUUCUGACACUGUCAAUACAACUGGAACAUAAAAUGUACAAAAAUAAAUGUAAUUGCAAGACUGUUAUAUUGGAUUGCUUAAGGCUGAGCAUGUGUACCUAAUUAAGUGUAAACUUUGUGUAUUUUUGAAGUGCUGUAGUGACAAUUUUGUCAUUUUGUUGUCAGACAAUCGUGAGGGUUUUUAAAUGCUAAAUUCAGUGUUUAGAGCCGGAGAAAGUUCUCAACUCAUAAAGGAACAUUUAACCCUUCAAUACAUCUAAAAUAUUAUCCAAACUUGGAUUCACAUGGUUUUUAUCUUACAGCAAUAAUAUUUUUUUUUUUCCUAAAGUUUCAUUGCCAUUUUGUAUGUUUAAAUUAUAUUUUGACGCAGAUUUUUGUUGUAUAAUUGUGCUACAUAACAAUUAAUACCUAGAAUAACGUGUCAUGGAAGAAUGUGACCCUAGGUUGGUAAUGGAGCUCUUGCAACACUGACUGUACCAGCAGGUGGCACUCAAUUCACAGAAGAAGUGAACAUGGAAAUACACUAGCAUGUGACUUGGGCUACUAAUUGCAUUAUUCAAUCAAUAA